AGGUGUAGACCAGGACUGCUGCUGGACCAAACGCCUCGAACAGCGAUACAGUGGACGGACGCAGCGUGGACGGGAGCGUCAGGCGGCCGUGCGCUCCACACUUGGAAACGCGUCGCAAAGUGUUCCCACGGGCAUUUUGUCUGCUGAACUGCCUCAGAAGUCACCGGGUUUUUGGAAAAUUAUAAUUUGUUUGCGAAGAAGAAAAUAAAAAGAGAGGAAAAAUUGCGCUCUGAUUUGGAAACUGGCGUCACUUACCGGGAAACUCCUGCGCACCUUUCCUCCUCAGCCUUUCAUUUUGGCGCUCCAGGGGUCGUUUGGUGAGACAGAUCCAGACAUAGACAGAAGAAGAAUCUACUUCACCACAAUCUGUUGAAUCAAGAAAACCUAAUAAAAUAAUUUCAGAGAGAAAACAGUGAGCUGUCCACAGAUGAUCGUGCCUGGAGAAAUAUCUGGUGACCUUUUUCCGUCUCAGUGGCAUUAAGUAAGACAUCUACAUGAAGCGCUGUGGUAUCUUUUAAGAGAAACCUCAAAGGACAUCUAUAUUUGGAGAAAAAAAAAAACUGGUCAGUUGUUCUUCAUCUGACACAACCAAUCAUUUUGUUGCUUCCCUUUUGUUGAGUGGACUUUCGGGGACAAACUGUUGCUACUGUGAAUCUCCUCAAACAAUCCCGUGUUUUGUAAAAGUGUGGGACAACAAGACAAAUUGUGAGAUUUACUAGUGAGUCGUCAUAAACCUUAAGAACCUUUUGGGAUUAAUUUGCUGGGAAGGUCUUGAUGUGAGACUACUGGACCUUUUUUUUUUUUAACUGUAAUUGGAUCUUCCCAGAUGUAUUUUUUAUUCUUCCUGGCCGUGUGCCAUUAUAGGUUUUCUCUAAUACUUGGCCAACCAAUGCUCUAAUAACCCCGACCUUUGUCCCCCCCCUAACAUCUUUUCACACCUUUUCAUUCCAAACUGCUUUCUGGAGAGAUUUCAUCCUGGCCGGCACUAUUCCAGCAAAGGGGGAGGAGGACUUCCUCACACUGGCCGCUUCUCGGCUCAGCCGCAGGAAACGGGUGAUCGUAGCCGCUGUUGGCGUGGCCAUGGUUCUGAUACUGUUGGUGGCCAUUCCUCUGCUCGUUCACACGACCAAAGGUGGCAGUGCUGGGGCCACCGGGAGCCGAUAUGAAAUGCUUGGGAGCUGCAGGAUGGUGUGUGAUCCGUACGCUACCUCUCAGCCUGGUCAGGAGCUCAUAGCUGUGUCUCCACCCCCACAGGAAUACUCUGGAAAGAAGAUUAGGUCUGGACUUCGAGGGCCUCCCGGGAAUCCGGGUCCUCCCGGGGAGCGCGGACCCCCGGGGGAGCCGGGGAAACCGGGGCCGCAGGGACCCCCCGGUCCAGGUCCUGGGGGGUACUCUCCCUCAAUCUACACCCCUAAAAUCGCCUUUUACGCAGGGCUACGCAAGCAGCACGAGGGCAGUGAAAUACUAAAGUUUGAUGAUGUGGUGACCAAUGUGGGCAACUACUAUGAGCCCAGCACCGGCAAGUUCACCUGCCCUUUGCCUGGCAUCUAUUUUUUCACCUACCAUGUACUAAUGAGAGGUGGUGAUGGGACUAGCAUGUGGGCAGACCUGAAGAAGAAUGGACUGGUAAGAGCAAGCGCCAUCGCUCAAGACGCUGACCAGAAUUACGACUACGCCUCGAACAGCGUGAUCCUGCACCUGGACGUCGGGGACGAGAUUUGCGUGCAGCUGGACGGAGGGAAGGUUCACGGAGGAAACCAGAACAAGUACAGCACUUUCUCUGGAUUCCUUAUCUACCCAGACUGAAGCUAAAUUUACAUCCAGAGGAAGAAAAAAAAACAAAAAAAAAACACAGAACCGUAGAAGUGGUUGACAUGGACAUGUACAGUAUGGAUGCAAAUAAAUGCACAUACAACAAUAUCCACACACAUGCAUGUAAGCCAGCACACGUGCACACACCUACAUAGACGUGUUGUGAGAUUACAAUGGAUUGCAACGCGACAAAUCUGACUGAGUGACAAUUAAAUCCAGUGGUGAGAUACUGAGCCAAUGAUCAUCAGCAACAGCACUUAUUUAUUGGAAGCCUUUUUGUGCAAAUAUAGACAUCAGGAUAUACAGGACAGCUUAAAAUAACUAUUUAACACAGAGGCUCAGAAAUAUCUAAAGUAUUGUAAUAUAAUCUAUGUUAACGUACAUGGUGAGAACGAUGACACAGCAAACACCAUAAGUUGGAUAGUUGAAGUGCAAUAAUGGUGUUGAUAAAAUGAAAAUUUGAGGUGAAUGCAUAUUUAGUCAUCUCUGGUUUCAAUAAUUUCUGAUUUCAUGGUUCGGCAUCCGCUUCGGAGCAAAGCACACCCAGAAUGACUCACACUUCUGUUGUAAUAAAUUAGAUCCCUUUGAGAUUGGAUCUGAGAUGAGACAAAACUGAUAGAAAAAUCAUACAUGUAGCAACAAACUGUGCCCUUCACAUUUGCCUCCACUGCUGGUAAAGAUGCACAAAACGCUUCAAAAUCAAUUCAUUUUUACUGCAGAAGCAAUACAUUCAUACAUUCAAAACAAUCUAACCAUCAAUUUGAUAAAAUUUAUUUAGUGGGGGGAAAAAAUGCUUCCUCAUUUGGAAAUCACUGGAGCCACUAUUUCUAUAAAUUAAAUGUUUGUGAAGGAUUUAUUUAACGUGUAUUUUACAUUUACAAUUCUCAAACCGCAAAGGAUCUUCUAUUAGUAAUCCAUAAACAUUCUUGUUUGCCCAAGUAUAUAAACAUAACACUUUGCAUACCUUUUUUCUCUUAGGGAUUCCUCCAAACAGGAAAGAAAACAUCUUCAUAAAUCACAAAAUUCAAGAAAUGGCUUCUACUCAGUUGCCAAACAUAAUUAAAGGUUUAAAACAACUGAGGCUGGAACAAAGAAGGCUGUGUGAAAUUAUGCUUCUGCAAUAAAGUAAAAUAAAAUAACCUGUUAUAUCAUUUAAAUCAUGUAUUUGCAUACAGCAGUGUGUCGAAAGACACAUAGAUCUAAUUUUCCUGGUGUCCAAAUCAGACUAAGCCAUUUAUGGUUUAGCUCAGUUAGGAUUACCACAAAAAUGUCCAUUUAAUGAAUGUCAUAAUGAUUAGAAAAAUGAUUUUCAGAGGAUUCAUUAUCACUUCCUUCGAAUUCAGAAGUUUAUAGUAAAAUUACUAUGCAUUUAAACAUUUUCAGAAAGCAGGAAAGGUCACUGCUCUGAAAGCGUCAACAAGGCUAACUGGAAACCUCUAGAUGAAAUUCAAGCAAACCUGUGGAUUUAUUUUUGAAACACUACCUAUGUGACAUAAAGGGAGAAAAAAAUCAAAAACAUAUCUCGCAAGAUAUUUGGAAAAUAUCUACAUACCUCUACUAAUCUAUUAGAUUUCUGUUUGUCUACAUAUUGGGUCAAAGAGCUCAAUAUUUUUAGACCUAUGUCCUGUGGUCUGAUGAAAUAAAAACAAACAUUGCUUUAUGCUUUUGGCCAUGUUUUGGACAAAAAAAAGAGAACAUCCGGAUUUUAGCAUCACAUUGUGUUUUACGACAGAAGGAACUUGUGAGAGACAAUAUAAAAUUGAAACAAUUUUAGGUAAAAAUAAUUUUUUAUUGAAGCAAUGACUCAAGACAUUUAAGUCUGAAUCCAAACAGGCAUCUUGAAAUGUACUAUAAUCCUGUGCAAAUCGCCAGAGUAAUUAUGAAGUGGCCAUCACGAAGCAUUUAUCUGAGACACACAGAAGAUUUGUGUACGUAGCUGAAAAGGUGUUAGAGGGCCUUCAAACCAGACUCAGUUCUGUCAGGAUGAAAGUGCCAAACUUCUGAAUUUCAAGAAAGUGAAAAAAAACAACAACUUAACUGUACUUGGGUUUUUAUCAAGUCAAUAUAAAUGCGUUAAUCCUACCUGAGCUAAAACAUGAUUUAUUAUUAUUAGUUAUUUUUUUGCUACAGCUACAUCUUUAUCAGGAGUGUCAAAAGCUUUAGAGUGGCACUAAAAAGGAAAACCCCAAGAACAUAUCAUGUAUUGUGUAAAUAUCUUUUUUUAUUCUUUGCUGAGUACAUUUUGUGAGUGAGAGUAUUUGUAUGAGUGAAUAAAAGUCACAUGUUUGGUGUUUUAAAUAGUGUAUCAGGCAUUACAGAUAUUUGCAAUGACUGUUUUACUUUCAUUACAUGUAAACACACCAACUUCGGGAUGGCAGUCUGAAUUUAGAAGGUUGAGUGACCAAUUGCUAUUAAAACACCCGUACCAACUCUA